GUUCACCGUUUCCUCCGCUAUAUGACGAGUAGAUGUCGAUACUGUUUUAUUACUUUUGACACGAAAAGGUGUAAUGUGAUAUUCUAUCAUUUGGAAAUGUUUUUAGUAAUAUUUCAUGUCUUGACAUUAAACUUUGUAUAUAUUGAAUCUAGUUCCCAUACAAUAUGAAAUCGCAAGGUGAUAGAGUAUAUUUUAUAAGAAAACGAUUGAUGAUUUACUUAGUAAAUGUAAUUCCAUGUCACAGGAUAUCUGCCUAACCUCCUUUCGUUACAUCGUUUUGAUGUACGAGACACGUAUAUUUAAUCAGCCAGUUUAAUGGUCGAAUUGUUUACUUUUUUACCGUGACCAUCCUUCCUCUAACCUUAAUAUACAUCUUUUUAAUCUUAUAUAUUAACAGAAGACGUUAUUUUGAGGUUAUAGCUCGACCACUGUUUUUAAUUAUAUUGUUUGACACUUAAUGAAAAUCAAAGAACGUGGUUUUGGUAAAAAUUGUAAAAGUCAACGUUACUUGAAUAAACAGCACCAUAGUGCUAAGACUUUUCCUCGAAUUGAGCACCGUAUGAAAAUAGAAAUAUGUCUUUCCGUAUGAGACUCGCUCGUAGUCGGCCGAUUAGACUAUUAGGUGGUAUCGCCAUAAAAUGUUGGAUAUUUUCUGGAGCAUACAUUCUUACCUGUUUUUUAUUAUACUGGUUGUACGGUGGUAUUUUUGCUUUCUUCCUCCUCUGUUUUGCUACUAUAGGUAUAUUAUAUCAUAGAGAAGAUCAGCUGCUCUAUCAUCCUGAAUCACCAGCUCAUUCUCGUGUUUACGUUCCUGCUCCUUCUAUAUUCAAUUUGCCUUAUGAAAGCAUAUAUACGCGUUCAGGCGAUGGUACUAUGCUACAUAUGUUUUUUAUUUCUCAACCUGAAGAUAGGGCGAAGAUGGCCCCAACUUUACUUUUUCUUCAUGGAAAUGCUGGAAAUAUAGGACAUAGAGGCUAUGGAUUGUCGCAAGGUUCACCAUCUGAGGAAGGAUUGUAUAUGGAUGCUCGUGCAGGAAUUGAUUAUUUAACUUCGAAAACCAAUAUCAAUACCGAUGAAAUUAUUGUCUUUGGUAGAUCAUUGGGCGGAGCAAUAGCAAUUGAUUUAGCAACUAAGGAAGAAAAUGCAAGAAGAAUUUGGUGUCUUAUACUUGAAAAUACAUUUACGAGUAUACCUGAUAUGGCAGCAUUUGUAGGAUCAAGAUUUUUUCAAUAUCUACCACUUUUUAUAUAUAAAAAUAAGUAUUUAUCUAUUUUCAAAAUACGAUCGAUGACAGUACCAACAUUAUUUAUCUCUGGCUUAGCAGAUACAUUCGUGCCACCGCGAAUGAUGCAGGAACUUUUUAAAAAUUGUAAAAGUCAAUAUAAGAAGAUUCUACCAAUUUCUGGUGGUACACAUAAUGAAACAUGGUGUCAAUCUGGAUAUUAUGAAAAUAUAUGUUCUUUUUUGAAUGAACUGAGGGAAAAUCCAUCGAUCCAAGUAACAUCGGGUCACUGGCAAAUAGAUGAUAUUUAGAAAUCAAUAUAUAAAUGAAAUACAUUUUGCGUCCAAAUGUAUAAAUAUAUUCUGAAAAAUGUCCAAUACAAUAUUAAUGUAUUUAAAAUAAAUGAGAUUGGUCCAAUAACUUAAAAUAUAUUA